GCUCUCACCACCGCGUCGCUCCGCUUUAGACACCCACCCAACUCCACCGCACCGCCGCCUCAACGCCACAGCUGGCGGAGAAUUUCCGUCUGGGUACAGGAAGAUGGUGAGAGUGACGGGAGCUGCGUUGUCUUCCCCUGGAUAAACCAGGAAAACACAUAAAAACGUAUUUUUAUUAGCCUACAUAAGCUACCCGGACCCGGGCAAUAGGGAGGUAACCUAACCGUCACCGAACCUUUCGAACGGAAGAGGACGCGAACGCAACAAGGAGUGGACUCCUUCUCGGGCUAUGCUUCUUCUGGGCACAUGCAUUCAGAGAGCUUAAUCUCGAGCUAUCCAGAUUUGAGGAAUUUAUGGAACAGACUAGACAGCCAGCACAUUUCGCGAACUAUGUCUUCUUCGUUGGUAAUUGAAUAAAGGGAAGCAGGAUCAAGGAUAUAUUGUUUCUUCCUCAUGGGAAUUCGGUAUUCCUUAGGGGAAAGCAAAGAGGAGGAAAUUCACUGAAUCUCUCCCUGCACUCCAUAGUUCUCUACUCCACGCGUUUACAGUCCUGGCUACUUUUGUAGCCUAUGACGAAGGAACCACGGCCUGGGAAAAAGUUUAUAAGCUUUGGAUACAGAAGGGAACACAAGAAGUGACGUUUUUGUAGACGUUUUUGCUUCAAUUUUAGACUGCUGUUUUUGUUUUUAAAAGCCUGUCAUGUUCAUUGGAUAGGCCUAUUCUAUGGAAAAUGUGAAUAUUCGAUAGGAAUAUUUAGUAGACAUAACUUGACAGUUUGUAUUUAAGUCUAGGCCUAUAUUUUUAAGACUAUUCAUGUGGGGUUUUUUCAAAGCUUUCUGUUUUGCCAACUCUUACCAACAAGUUUGUUCAAGACUCCAGCCUACUAAAAGGAGUAGGCUUAUAUCAGCUCAGCUGUCAUAUUUUGGGCACUUAUUUCUCGAUUUAAAAUCGCUUCUCAACGUCUUCAUAUUACAGUAUCUGUACAGUCCCUGUCCUCUUGGAAGUGGGGAUAUUACCGGUGUAGAGAUCCGUAGAGGGAGGUCAGGAAAGGACGGGGCUGGAGCUUGGGAAUAGGCCCGGCUGUUGAAGAACUACAGACUGGGUAGGGGGGACAGCUAGACCGCUAUUUCGGACGCUGCAUGCCUGGCUGCUGGUUUUGGGUGGUCGUGAACCAACCAACCGACCCACCUACCCGACCCGAGAGUCAAAGCCUAACUCUUUAGCUAGGCUCGCAUAACAAGAAAGUAUUCGCCCACACCAGGGCGUUGAACUAGAAAGAGAAAGGGGGAUAUGUUAUAAGAGUUUAGGCUAUGAAUGUUAGCCUGUUAUUUUCAACUGUUGACUCAAGUAACUAAAACGGAAAGAGGAUAACGUUUCUUUUUUUUUCCCAGGGGAAAGGAACUUUAAAGGGACAUGUUUUGGAGCGCGUGCUCCGAUAAGAUAACAAGGGACCGAAGCUGUAACUUUGUCGCAAUUUUCUAGCCAUUUGUAGCUUGUUAUUGGAAUGAGUGGGACAACCUACUGUGGAUAGCCUGCAACUCCUAAACAAGACACACACAAGCUAUGGGUAGUUUUGGACUUGGAAACAUUAUAUAAAUAUUUUUCUCUUUUUGGAUUUAAUGUGUGUUAAAAUGUAAUAAUAAAAUGGGGACAUUAUUUUGAUAAUCACUGAAGAAGACAUGCGAGGACUUCUUGAGAGCGAGGCUGAGUAGGAGCCAAGCUCGAGCUGUCACUGGCGGCUGUCAAAACACUGCGCGUGGUCUGGAAUAAAAAGUGAAUAUUUGAACAGUUGACCCCAGAUUGGCAUUUUUAACCGAUACAAAUCGUUAUGUGAUAAAUAAAUAAUUAAACGUCAUAUCGGGGAAGGAUGUUUAAAGAAGAGGAGAGGAAAGAGGAAAGAAGAGCGGAUGACAGGACUUUCAAUUAUUUCAACUGCCAGAUGAGAGCGAGCAGAGCAACACACGAGCACAAAGUGGAAAGCGAGGGCUUCCAAAGGCAAGGGACGAAUUAAUGGAAUGUGAGUGCUGACGUAAUACAGAGGUCGGGAUAAUGAACUACUCAAGAGCCUGGAACGGUCAUUUUAUAUGAGUGAGUAGGACUAGUUGGCUACAUUCGUGCGUAGCCUAGUAUUUUCUGUACAAACGAUAUAUCAAGUCGUGAUUACAACCAUCACCUUUCUUGCCUCUCUCUCUCUCUCUCUCUCUCUCUCCCUUGCCUCUCUCUCCGUCUCUCUCCUGUCUAGCUAGUCUCCCUCUGCCAGAUGUUUCACAUAGUACCUGAUUGGCCGCGCACCGUCCGCCAUCAUUGAUCAGAUAUUAGUAUUUCCCCAUCACGUCACUCCUUCAGCCAUCAUAAUGGCUUUGCAGCCGCUGCAACACCGGCAGCAGCUGCUUCUCCCGCACGCCACGGAGGUGAGCUGCGCCUCAAGCAGUGAUGGCGCCGUGACUGUGCGGAUUAUCGACAACACGGCGCGCACACAGCACGCGCCGUCGCCACAGCAUCGACAAUAUCAUGACUCUCCCCCAACCCCAACGACAAUGGACAGCAAUACCAGAGGAGGGAGUGGAGUAGGUGGGGCUACCACUACGACCAAAGGAGAUCCCCCCAAACCAUGCACCAAAUACAGCAUCUCCUCCAGCUGUAGUUCGGGGGAGUCGGGAGUUCGGAGGGCUGUUAUGAAUAAAUUACACAGCCAGCAGAAGACUCUGCCCCAGCUGUUUGAGAGGUCUGCUGCCCAGUGCUGGGACCCCAAGUUUGAUUCGCCGAUACUCGAAGAGGCGUGCCGUGAGAGGUGCUUCCCGCAGACUCAACGCCGCUUCCGCUAUGUUCUGUCAUACAUGGGCUCCGCCUCGCUCCUUUGGGGCGUGUAUUUCGGUGUCAACCACGACCGCUGUGACCCGGCGACCUUCCUCGCCCCGACCGCCUCCUUCCUCCUCUUUCUCCUCCUCCUCUUCCUCUUUACCUUGACAAGGCCCUAUACUCACCUGUACAAUCAGGCCUCGCUGCUCCUCAUCGUGGCCACAUUCGCCAUCACUCUGGCUCCUCAGAUCCAGACAGGAGGCUUCGCCGACCUGGAGAGAACCAGGGAGGGAAACCUGACAUUCCCUCACACCCCAGGCGGAGUGGACCUUACUCGGGCUCCCUGCAUCUCCCCCGUGGGCACCUUCUCUCUGUGUAUGGAGGUCCUGCUACUACUCUACAGUGUUCUCCAUGUGAGGCUAUACGCUUCAGUUCUACUGGGGCUCCUGUAUUCAGUCCUAUUCGAAGCCUUAGGGUGGCUGCCCCUGCUCCAGGGGAGAGAUGGCGGUGGAGGAGAUUAUGGGGGGAAUGGGUGGGGCGAGGCUGGGGUUGGAGGUGCAGGAGGGUCCCUAGGUCCUGGAUCUAGUCCUGGAGGUGUUGGUUCUUCUAGCUGGGAAUGGGACACACUCCGCUGGCUGGGCCCAGCUAAGGCCCUCCUCCACCUGUGUGCCCACGCCAUCGGCAUCCACCUCUUCAUCAUGUCCGAGGUGCGAUCCCGCUCCACCUUCCUCAAGGUGGGCCAGGCCAUCAUGCACGGCAAGGACCUGGAGGUGGAGAAAGCGUUGAAAGAACGCAUGAUCCACUCUGUCAUGCCGAGGAGGGUCGCCGAUGAACUGAUGAAGCAGGGGGACGAGGAGAUGGAGGGGAACGCAGGGAAGAGAUACUCUGCCGGGGCUUGUUCCGCGUCGGCAGUGUCCACAGUCGGAGGUCCUGGGGGGGCUUCGUCGAUCGCUACGAGCCCUAAGAACCAUCCCCAUCAUCAUAGUCAUCAUAAGAGGAAGAAGACUUCGAUCCCCAGAGGCCAGAUCAUCUUCAGGCCUUUCAACAUGAAGCGGAUGGAGCCUGUUUCUAUCCUCUUCGCGGAUAUCGUCGGCUUCACCAAAAUGUCUGCCAACAAGUCUGCCCACGCCUUGGUGGGGCUCCUCAAUGACCUCUUCGGCCGUUUCGACCGGCUGUGUGAGCUGACGCGCUGUGAGAAAAUCAGUACACUGGGAGACUGUUACUACUGUGUGGCAGGAUGUCCUGAGCCACGCCCUGACCACGCUUACUGCUGUGUCGAGAUGGGACUAGGUAUGAUCGUGGCCAUUGAGCAGUUCUGCCAGGAGACGUGUGAGACGGUGGACAUGAGGGUGGGGGUCCACACUGGCACGGUCCUCUGUGGUAUCCUGGGGAUGAAGCGGUUCAAGUUCGACGUGUGGUCCAACGACGUCAACCUGGCCAACCUCAUGGAACAACUUGGCGUCGCCGGGAAGGUGCACCUAUCAGAAGCCACCGCCGGGUUUCUGGAUGAUCGGUACCAGCGAGGGGACGGGCGGGUGUCGGAGAGGGCGACGCAGGGCCUGAUGGAGAAACUGAAGGGGAUGAAGACCUACCUGAUCUCAGGGAGGAAGUUGGAGCAUUCUCUGGACAUCCGGACCCCGUGCCCUUGCCCCCACACCUCUGCCCUCAUGCCUGGGGGGGCUGCUGCCCUCUGUGUGCCCUGCACUGUGAAUGGGGAGCAGACAGAGGAGGGGGCCGGACUCAAUGGAUGCCAGGACGAACAUAAGACUAACAGCGCCAAGUUUACACCAGGCUGCAGCCCCAGGGCUCUGAAUGGCAUUCUCAGUCCACCACUGGAGGACUCAGUGAGGGCCAGCCAGAGCUCUCUGUGUGACAUGCUUCAGGAGAAAGAAAAGAAGACCAGUACGGGCACAGGGACGGGUACCAGCCUGGGUAUGGGGGGUCCAGGAGGGGCGGGACCGGGGGGCAUGGGCAUGGACCACUCCGCCCUCAUCCCGCUACGCUCUAAGAACUUCAGGGAGAAGAGUGAUGUCCAUUUUGUUGAUGUCAUCAAGGAGGACAGUCUGAUGAAGGACUACUUCUUCAAGCCUCCCAUCAACAAGCUGAGCCUCAACUUCCUGGAGAGACCUCUGGAGACAGCCUACCGUAUCAGCUACCAGGAGGAGGUGGAGACCCAGGCCCCAGUGCAGACCUUUGCCAGCCCUAUCUUCAGCUCCUUCCUGGAUGUUCUCCUAUCCUGCUCUGUGUUCCUCGCCCUCACCUUGGCCUGCUUCCUGGUUCCCAUGGUCACCAUGGAGACGCCCCCAGCAACCGUCCUGGGAUUGGCUACCGCUGCUGGUCUGUUAGAGCUGGUCUCCCUGGUGCUGUCCAUACGGAUGACGUUCUACCUGGACAACGUGUUGAGCUGUACCCACACCUUGCUGAGGGUGGUGUCAGGCUGGCUCCCCCGUCAUGUGAUCGGGGCCGUGCUGGUCUCACUUCCUGCCGUGUCCGUGUUCUCACACCUGGCCUGCAGCCUCCACCUGCCCAUCCAGGUAACCAUGUUCCUGUGCUGUGCAGUGACCAUAGCCAUAAUCCAGUACUGUAACUUCUGCCAGCUGAGUUUCUGGAUGAGAUCUGCCCUGGCCACGGCUGUUGGUGGGUCUCUGCUAGUGCUUCUCUACAGCCCCCUCAACAGGACAGGCUCCAGUAAUGACAGUUCUCCAGCGAUGGGUAACCUCACUAACGAGACAUGGUCCACUCCAGAACCACAAGCAGACCCUAUGGUCCCCGUGAGACUCCUAGACCUACUGGUCCCAGAAGCGAUCCUCACCUACUUCCUCCUCCUUCUAUUGGUCUGGUUCCUGAACCACGAGUUCGAGGUCAGCUACCGUCUCCAUUACCACGGCAACAUAGAGGCCGACAAGCACCGCGUCAAGAUCCAGAACAUGCGGGACCAGGCCGACUGGUUGCUAGGCAACAUCAUCCCAAUCCACGUCGCCGAGCAGCUCAAGGUGACCCAGUCGUACUCCAAAAAUCACGACAACGCUGGGGUCAUCUUUGCGAGUAUUGUGAAUUUUUCAGAAUUCUACGAGGAAAGUUACGAAGGCGGAAAGGAGUGUUACCGAGUGCUCAAUGAGCUCAUCGGCGACUUCGACGAGUUGCUACGGAAACCGGACUUUGCCAACGUGGAGAAGAUCAAGACGAUCGGCGCCACGUACAUGGCGGCGUCCGGACUGAACGCUCAGCAGUGCAUUGACGACUCCCACCCCAACUCUAACCACCUGAGGGCGCUGUUUGACUUUGCCCUCGAGAUGAUGGGUGUUUUGGACGACUUCAAUAAAAACAUGCUAGGCUUCGGGUUUAAGCUCCGUAUCGGGUUCAACCACGGUCCCCUGACGGCGGGGGUGAUAGGCACUACCAAGUUGCUCUACGACAUCUGGGGAGACACAGUGAAUAUUGCGAGUCGCAUGGACUCUACAGGGGUGGAGUGUCGGGUACAGGUGAGUGAGGAGAGCCACUCGGUGCUCAGCGGGAUGGGGUUAGAGUUCGACUACCGCGGUACCGUCAACGUCAAGGGCAAAGGUCAAAUGAGGACCUUCCUGUAUCCCAGGAGCGCUGAGAGUGGUGGGCAGCUAUUGGCUGAGCCUUUGCUACAGCCACACCAAUUAGUUGCUGUUUUGCCCCUGGUGAAACCUGUCCAAUCACAGGCAGCCGUUGGACCCGUGGGGGAAGGAGACGCCGUUAAUACGACAGAGUCUGAUGCAGGUGCCAAGGUGCCAGCUCCUCAUCCCUUAUCCUCUUCUUGCACUCCUCCCUCCUCCUCUUCCUCCACAUUCACCCCCCAAGCCUCUUUCAUAGGACCUUCUGGAGCUCCUCCAGGACUAGGGCCAGAGCCAGGCCCGGCCAAGCCCUGCGGGGUGAGGGCAGAUCGGGCAGAGGGGUACAGGGACGCUCCUCCAACCCCACCAGGAAUCCCCCAAACUGGGGCUGGCCACCCCCCUGCUAUGGGCACGGACCAUCACCUCCCUCACCUCCUUACCCUGGACCUAGACCCGGAGCUAGUACCCUGUACCUUGGCACAGCCUGAGGAAGAAGAGGAGGAGGAGGAAGAGGAGGCGAACGAGCUGACAAAGCUCAAUAAGGAGGAUUUCAUGUCACGCCUUUGAUCCGUCAAGUGCUGAUCUAGGAUUAUCCAUAUAAUUCAUUAUGAUCUAAAAGUCCAAACUGAUCCUCGAUCAGCACUCCUUUCUCUGAGCUGAGCUGAAGACAGAAGUAGCUACAGAUACAGGUUUGUAGGGAUGGAAGGAGGUUUUUUCCCUAACUUAUCCAUCAAUCACCUUUCUGAACCCAAACACAUGUUUUCACAUGAUGAAAUGUGACUGCAGACAGAGUGACUGUUGGACAUUGACUUGUAGUCAAAUUAUGAUGACUCAUCACUUUUCUAUAGGAAGGGGGAAGGGCUGUGUUGAGCACAGUGCGGCACAAUAUAAUGGAGGGAGGGGGAAGGAGGAGGAGAGAAAGGGUUUUCGCUUCUUGAUGUUGAGGUUUUAUUUUUCUUAUGCUUUGGUUGAUAUGUAAAGAAGUGCCUUCAGGACUAGAACCGUUAACGAACAAGAAAUGAAUAUCGAACAAAAACACAAAAAAGGUUGGAACAAUCUUUAGCAUGGCUUAUUUUUUAUAUUUAAAAGCUAGUCUACCUAUGAGGCUGUAGUUAUUUUACUACAAGUUGUUUUCUUCAAUGCAAUUUCUUUUGUUAUUAUAUCGUUAUCGUUUGUGCCAUAUUCAGCCUAUUCACCUGACCGUGAAUGGCAAUAAAUUACGUGCCAGACAGUGGAGGAUCAUGGGUAAGAAGCAGGGAGUUAUGGGUAGAAUAAGGGAAUGACAAAAAGCAGUGUUAUUGGUGUUUCUGCUUUGAGACGAUGGCUUACAGUGUUUGUGAUGUGCUACAUAGACCCAAUACUAAAGGGAAAGCCAACAUAGGGCUAUAUCUUCACACUGACACUUUUUUAUGUCCAACUUUUCAGGAAGCACAUUUUUAAAAUAAACUUCCGUACAGCUUCUUUAAGUGGUCUGUGGAACAUAACUGUCGAUACCACAGGUCUCCUCAAUGGGUCUCACACAACUUCUCCUAGACCACUCCUAAAUGGAAAUGACAAAUUGGUAUGGUAGCCUAUAGCAAGCAGUCUUGACAGUAAGAAAACUGAACAAAUACGUUAUAGCAUUCUCUCAAGUAACAACAAUUAUACUCUAACAAGUAUACUGAAAAAGCACAAAUCUAAAAAUCGUUUAAGGGAAUAAUAGUGUAGGAAAUUAAAGGGACUAUUUAGUUAUAAUCAAAAUGGGAAAGCACUUAAAAACUUUAGGCAUAAUAUGUGUUAAAAGUAUGACAUUCGCCAAAAGUAACAGAAUUCAUUACAAACAGUUUAUUAACGUGUUAUAACAUGUAUUAAUGUGUAUUGAAGUGCAAACUCAAGUUUGUAUGACAUUCUAUCCAUUGUGUUAGUUGCCACAGAAACAAAUUAGUUUGACCGACACCAGAUUCAACCAAUGGCUAAUCACGGCUGCCUUUAGCUUUGUGUGACAUGCUGGUUUGAGGGGUGGGACAUUUAAUCUUUUAUCCAAUUACAGCCUCUGCAUGAGGGAGGCUCUACUGUAUUAAUGUACUUAAAAUGUGCCACUUUCAUCAAGUUAUUAUUUGGGUGCAAUGCAACCUAUAUUUUUCAACGUCUUCAUUUUCAAGUAGAUUUUUUGUAGUGCCUAAAAAAACUGUAUUUUUUAAAUUCUUUUUUCUUGCUGAGUUUGUAUUGAUGAUGAUAGCAAGGAUGAUGAUGAUGAUGAUGAUUGUAUGUUUUAUGAAAUUAUGAAUCGCCUUGUGCAGUUCCGACUGCAACUCCUGUUUUGAGAAAAUCAGCAUCUUGCUCACUUGUUUUUUCUCUUUCUUUCUCUCUCUCGCUCUCUCUCUCUUUCUUUCUCUCUCUGACUGAUUCUCUGUGAAUUCUAUGUGAAGGGUGGUGUGCCCAAGGUCUCUUCUGUGCUCCCUCGCUUUUCCCUUUUCUCUCACCUUGCCUUUUCCCCUCUUUUCCCCUCUGCUCAAGCUUUUACUUCUGAAAGAAAGCGUCUGUAGGGGAUUCAUCUGUAGCCCUGUCACUUUUGUGUCUUACAUUUCAGCCAGAGUGUAGUAUGAAAAUCUGUGUGUGUGUGUGUGCACACGCGCACACUUUUUUCCGAAGCCUCUAUCCAAGCCCCUUAGUGCUGAUCUAGGGUCAGUUUUGUGUUUUAAUUCCUAAUGGUCGAUGCUAGGACUUGGAUAGAGUAAUCUGAUUAGUAAUCUUUGGGGAUACCUCUACUCUGAACUACAGGGAGAACCAAUGAGAGCUAGUUUAAGGGUCUUUAAGUGGGCUAUCAGAUGAAAUAUAACCAUAUGAUACGAAUCAAGGCAGAUGGCCUAUAACUUCAAUGUGAGUGCCCACAAAAAGAUCUAGAAAUCGUAUUAAAUCGUAAUUAACUGCAAUAUGUUGGUCAUAUAAUGCCAAAGUACCCUUACCAAAAUUCUGCGUCUGUUUAAACUUUGGGACUUAUUUUUUUGUUUACCUACCACCAAUAUGUACUCCUAAUAUGUCAGUGCCUUUUGCUAGACAUCUUGUUUGGAUGACGUUGGGCACAGUAACCAAGACUGGUAUCCAAGGGACAAAAAAAAAAAAAAAAAAGGGAAC